GACAAAAUAGUUCUAUGUGUACAACUCAAACUACAAAACCAACACAAAGAGCACAUAGUCUUCCUUUCUAUAAAAUAACAAUAAACACACGGUAAAUAGCUAGCUCUGAAUACAUUAUUUCUCUGUGUUAAUUUCAGCGAGCUCUUUAACAGCGCCGAUAGCGCUAUUUGGGCAAGUCGGGAGCAUAUUUAUCAAGUGACGGUCGUUUUUGUCCCUGCCUUUGUCUCUUGUUCGAGCACUGUGUUGGAAUUGGAGUCGCGAAAGGCACGCUUCCGAAUUGCGCGAAAUUUCAAUCCAAUUGGUUAGCGUAGGAGUCAGAACACACAUGCAGGCACGCAAGCAAGCACCCGGCGCCGAAACGAAAUUGCGGCUUUUUGUCGGGCGGAAUUAUUCGUUGCUUGCAGAAUGGUCAAGUUCCAAGGUGCAUGUUCACAUUCAUGCCAAGAUUUGAACUUUGACUGCUUGCUAGACGCUGAAUUUUCAUGCCUGAGCGACGGCAAUGAGAAGACGCACUCCCAGGCUGUGGAACCUGUCUCGACCAGCUAAUCUUCGCCGUUCUCGGAUCACUCUUUGCUCUUUGUCGUUGAAAUUACGGUUGUGCACAUGAUGGGCACGCGGGGAGUUUCCACGUUCGAUGCAGAGUUUGGCCGAUCAUUAGGUGUUGGCGGAGUGGACAUGAGUGAAGUAUGGUGAAGUUUAGGAAUCAGCAAAGUAUGGUGAAGUUUUCAGUGCAACCGUAUUCUGCAGUUGUGCCGCCUUCCAAGAGAAUCAGACUUGAACAGACAACGGAGACACCUAGUUCUCCUGUCGCAAUGAUAAGCGGAGAUCACAGCAGUCAUGACCGCCAGUUCACUGCCACCUUUGAUCCUGAUAUCUUGGAUUGCAAUAUCUGCAUGGAGCCACUGAGUCCGCCAAUCUUCCAGUGUACAAAUGGCCACAUCGCAUGCACGGAGUGCUGCGUCAAGAUGCACGGCAUUUGCCCAUCAUGUUCAAAGCCAGUAGGAAAAAUUCGAUGUCUGGCCAUAGAGAAGCUGAUUGAAUCCCUUCAGAUGAGCUGUAAGCACGCGGAGUACGGAUGCACAAAAGUGGUUAGCUUCACAAAGAAAAAGAAUCAUGAAAUAUCUUGCCCUUUCGCGCCUUUUAUGUGUCCCGUAGCAAGCUGUGGGUUCUCGAAUCUGGUGUCGACUUUCCCGCUCCACUUUCAAGAGGUUCAUCAAGUGCGCACCCAAGAGUUUAGCUAUGGUGGUUGGUUUACCGUGAUGUUGGCCCCAUCAGAUAUGAAUGUCCUUCUCAAAGCAGAUGACAUGCUUUUCCUCCUCCACUAUGAGAAGUCGACGCUGGGAAACAUUGUGUACGUGACCUUGUUUGGAGCCACAUUACAGGAGGAUCAGUACUCUUACCACCUAGAAGUGAAGAACGGAAAGAAACGGCUUUCAAUGGAGGGAGUUCCGAGGAGUAUCCUUGGUGAGGAUAGUAAGCAUGUAACUGAUUUUUUAAUGAUACCCUUACGGACCUAUGGAUUAGGGGAUGGCAGGGUGCAGCUGGAAUUAUCUUUUCAUCAUUCUGGAGAACCUCUGCCCGAGAGUUGCUGAUUCUUAGCACCAGUGAUUUCGAGCAACCUCCAGUACUUUGACUUUGUGUGGAUAGCCUGUUUAUAAUCAUUGUGCAUUGUUUUGGCCAGCCCUUCUUCGUUAGGGACACAAGUGUAGUAUACUGCUGCUCUAGGUAGAGUUGAAUUUCAAUAUCUGUACAGUUGUGUGGGUAGGAUGAGCUGUGUUCCACUUCUGUAUGGAAUUCCAAGGCUGCCUUAGAAAAUAGCCUUUUUUAUAUACAACGCCACAAACUAUUCCUGGUAUUUACAGCCUAUGUCUCUUUGGUGAUUUAUAGGGCGAACUUGUGAAAUUGUUGUGACUGGCUAGUUUCCACGUAUGUUUGCCUUUUCCUUUGUAGCUUCCAUUGUCAGACCUGGAUCUUGUCACUGAUAUCACAAGUACAGGCUUUCAGACUAUCAAUUAUUGCUCAAAGACAUGGAAAGAUGCAGAAUGCACUGAGUAAGUGGCCUGCUUUCAAGCUGACAGAUUGGAGGUUGUAGCACAUGAUCUCCGUCUUAAUGUCUCUAAAGGUCGGACCAAGUAUUAGGCCGUGCUUGGAAAGAACCUUUUCUUCGAAACUAAGAUACCUUGGGUUAGUUUAGACUACCACCGUUUCAAAACUAGUGAUGAGCUCAAACUAUAUUGUGUAGAUGGGUUUAAGUAAGCAAGGAGGUAAGCCUCAUGAAACUGUGCAGUCUGAUAUGGUUUCAGGGGGUUUUUAUUCAGGUAAUCUAGCACUUACCUAAGAAUGUUCAUUUGAAGUUCU